UUGUUUUUUUAUAUCUGAAUUUUUUUAAGUUACUCGUUUUUUUUUAUUAUUCAGUAAUAAAUGAUUCGUUGUUUGGUGAAGUUGUGUUUUCUCAAGUUACUUAAUCAAUUUGUAAAAAAUGAAUUUACAAAAAUAUAUCAACGAUUUUCAAUCAUUAGUUUACCGUGUACGAAGUAAUUCGACUCUAGCGUAUCCAGAAUUUUCUUCUCUCCAUUCACGUUUAAAAACUUACAAAAAAUUUCUUGAAAAUUCUUUUCAAAAUAAAUACGAUCUUUCUGAGUGCGGAUUAAAAUAUUCUGGUAUUGAUGAUAUCGUUGAAUGCUUCUGCUGCGGACUUAUUCUCCAUAAUUGGGAGAAGCUGGACAAUCCAUGGAUCGAACAUUGCAGAUACAACCCAAACUGCAUUUAUGUAUUAUUAAUGCGAGGAAAUCAGUUUGUUCAAAAAAUACUAGCUUAAUAUUGUAAAACUGAACAUAAUAUGUGUACUUGUGAAAAUAUGUCAUACGAUACAGUUUGUUAAAUUAUGUAUAUGUCAUACUUAGUAAUAAAAAAAAAUAUUGAUUUGUAAACGACUUAUAUGUGUUAAUAUUUGAUUCAAUAUCUCGUGAACGCAUGGCUUAGCGGAUUAACGCGUGUAGUUUAAUUUAAAAUAAUUUCAGGUAAGUAAGUAUAUAUAAUUCUCUCCCCCUCCUGCAUUCGAUAAUCGGCUAUGUCAUGCGUUCACACUUUUUGCAUUUUUUUUUCUAUAAAAAUCUUAAAUAAAUCUGCAAGGUUUAGUAUAUAAUAUUCUUG